AUGAAUGCUUGUUCUGUUCGACGUGGUAACGAAAAGGUAGCCGAUAAACCUCGUCCUUACCAAUGCCCAAUGUGUCCAAAGGCCUUUGUCAGAUUGGAACAUCGUACUCGACAUAUUAGAACUCAUACCGGCGAGAAGCCUCAUGCUUGUUCUUUUCCAAAUUGUGAGAAGCGAUUCUCCCGCUCUGACGAGCUCACUCGCCAUGCUCGUAUUCACAUCUCACCAUCAAAGCGUAACAGAGAAAGAAGAAUCAACAGCACAGUCAUUCGACCCAUGGUACUACCCAUUCAAUCGAACGCAAUGCCGCCCUAUCAACCUCUGUCAUCCAGUCCAGUUCAAUUAAAGCAACAACACCAAUCUAGAUCAUACUCCACUGACUAUUGCCCCUCCUCAGCCUCUUUAUCAGAUUCUGAAAGCGAGCACAUUUGCACACCAGAUAGCUCUCCUACACUAGGUCCAUCAUUCAAGCAUCAAAAAUCCAAUUUGACAUUACCUCCUCUUUUGAUAGGCACCGCUCAUCCCAACCAUUGCCAUGUGCUGCCCUCUGCAAACCAUUAUUCUCCUAUACUGACAUCUCCUCAUCCUCAACCACACGUUCCACACUCUGAGUUACAUUUACCGUCUAUCAAGUUCUUGCUUGAGUAG